GUAGCAGAGUCGUGUUGGUGAUAAUGGCAUCGCACCAAGAGGAUUUGUUUGCCCAAAAGCGGCGACUCUCCGUGGUAAGGCUGUUCUCAUGACCUCCCGACUUUCCCUCUCACUUCACACACUCUCGCUGGCUUGUGCGUGUGGUUUUGCGUGCGGCUGCUCGUGUCAGAGUCAGCUGAAAGAGCAGCUUAGAGAGAGGGGCCUCCCCGUGUCCGGCAGCAAGAACGUGUUGGUAGAACGCCUCGUCAGCAGCAUCACGUGAGCUAUCGAGGCAACCACCUCACCUCAUGUGGGCUGCCAUGCCAAUCUCUCUCUGUGUGCGUGUGUGUGUGUGUGUGUGUGUUUGUGAUUGCUCGCAGCCAUGAGCCGCCGGAUCAGGGCGAAGUACCAGCGGCCGCGUCACUUCACCCUCACCCACCCAUGAAUCUACAGCAGCCACCGCGACCGUUCCCUCGCCAUUUGCGGCCACCAUUCGUCCAGCGACCGCCCCCCCUCCCAGCCGUGGCUGCCCGUCCGCCCCGUGGCGGCCGUGCCCGUCGUGAUCCUUCUGACCGCGAGGAGAACUCGGACACGACUGAGCGGCUCAAUGGCGAAGGUGAGGGUGAGGGCGAGAAUGGUGACGAGAUGGAGCCAUACGACGACGACGAGGAUGAGAUGCCGAUGGACUAUGAUGAUGAGCACUAUGACGAUGAGGACGAGAUGGACGAGAUGGACGAGCUGGAGGAUUACGGCUUCUUGCCUAUUCAGCCGCCAGCUGCCGCUGCGGCAGCGGCUGGCGGUGGCGGUGGCGGGGCUCACCCUUCACACCCCUUCCACCCGCGCUCGCCCCCCUUCCCUCCCCCCCGUCCACCACACCCACACGACGACUCACCAAUGGCGAGGCGGCGGGCGAGCAAGAUGCGGCGGUCGGCGCAUCAGCAGCCACCGGGCGAUGGGCGGUCAGGAAGGGCCAGGAGGGGCGGCGGACCGGGUGCCUUCCUGGGGCGUGGCGGACACUUUGGUGGUGGCUUCGGUGGGAUGAUGCUGCCGCAUAUGGAGAUGCUUCAGCAGGCGGCACUCAUGCAGGAGUGAGUGGGCGAGCAGACCCGACCGGAGCAGAGCGACCAUCUAGUCUAUCCCCCCUUGUGUUUUGGUUUGCCUGGAUGGUAUGGUAUCAGGUUUGCGCCCUUUGCUCGGCUGGCUCCUCCUAUGCUGCCUCCCGGCGCGCCCUGUCCGCUGUGCAAGGAUCAGGGCACCUUCCAGUGGACACUCAACGCACACAUAGCCAACAACUUGUAAGUGACCACACUCACUCACAGACACACGCCACACAGCUGCACACAGACCAGCCGUCAUGUUUUUGCAGGCAGCAGCUGUACCAGAUAACCAUCCCCAGUCAGACGAUUCGCUGCAACUGGUGCGACAAGAAGAAGAAGCGCCAGCAGCAGGGGGCCGCCGGGGGAAAUCCCAAUGCCGCUGCUGCUGCUGCGGCUAGUAGUGCGGCCGCUGCUGCUGCUGGUGCCGGUGGUGGUGGUGACAGUGGUGGUGGUGAGAGUGCAAGUGCUGGCCAAUGGUUUGGGUUUGGCGUGUUGGGUGCGGUGAGCGGCCACACGGGGCGUGAGGACGACCCUAUCGAUCUCGAUAGCGAUGAGGACGAGGGCAGGAAGGGCGACGCGGACCCCAACAAGUGAGAGCAUGGUGUGGAUGUGUCGAUUCAUGUGUGUGUGUGUGUGUUGUGUACGUGUCUGCGUCUGCGUCUGUGUCUAUGUGUGUGUCUGUGAUAGGGUGAAGAAGGAGGAUGGUGCUGACGUCCUCAAGACAGAGGACGGGGUGCCCCCUGGGGUCACCGUCUAUGCAGUGCCGGGCGAGGAACGAGGCAAGCGAUCCCCCCGAGCCCCCGCCCCUCCAGAAAGAGACAGCACCCCUGCUGUCUGUGUCUGCAGUGAAUCUGCUGUGUCUGUCGUCCUUGCUGCAAUUGGGUUACAACUACAAGGACUCGGUCGAGUCGCUGCUGCAGUUCCCCCUCCCACAGCACUUCCACCUCGCCAAGCAGAUGGCACAAGCCAAGUCAACCGACGUGUACGAGGCGCUCGGCAUACGGGAGGCGCAGCGGCAGUCCGAGGAGGCCAAGAAGGAGGUGCGCUGCGAUGCGCUGCGCUGUCAGAGAUGCUGAUGUCACAAAAGUGUGUGUGUGUGUGAGUAGGACGAGAAGCAGCGCAAGGUCAAGCAGAUGACACUCAUACAAGACCCACACAAAUGGCGAGAGGGUGAGGGAGAGAAAGUGCGGGUGGAACUUUGUGUGUUCGUGUCUGUAUGUCUUUCUGUCUGGCUAUGUGUGAUGGGAUUGGUCAGCGUACGACGGGUGUGACCCCUGUCUGACGAGCAAGGUGUUGAGCUGCAGCGCCAUAGUCCACUGGCUCACACACGACGCAGAGAGGCGCAAAACGGUCAGCCACACAAACCUGCUGGGCUGUGCUGUGUUGCCCUGCCGUCAUAUGUGUGUGUGUGUGUUUGCUCUGUCGCCAAUCUAUCAGCUGCACAGCCUGCUGGAGAUGAAGGGCCAGGCCGUCAAGUGGUACAAGAAAGAAGCGCUCUCAUACUUCCAGGUCACGAGGUCAUCCACACACACACGAUGGGCACAUCGCUCUCUCUCUCUCUCUCUGUGUGUGUGUGUGUCUGCGUCUGUGUGUGUGUGUGCAGUUGUUUGAGGAGGACUUGGACGAGUUCAUCGGCACACUGUCCAGCGCCGAUGACGCCACCGUCUCGCAAUACGUCAACGACAAACUCCAGGCACGCUCUCCCCCCACCUGACACACACACUCACGAGAAGCAUAUGCACCGCCCCAAACCAUGUGUGUGUGUGUGUGUGUGUGCAGGUGCUGACAUCUGCUCUGUAUGACCUCCCCGAGUUCUCGAGCAGUAUCCCGGCCAUCUUCAGAGACGCUCACCAGACCCUCAGACAGCGACGGAAGCAGCAGAGGGAGCAGCAGCGGCUCGCACAGGCGGCCCCCCCAGGGCCUCCGCCCCCCAUGCCUGCAGCAGCAUCUGCUGCUGCUGCCUCUGCAUCGGCCGCCGCACCACCCAGGGAGGACACUGACAGUGUUUGUGUGGACCUGACGGGCGACUCGGACGAGGAGUGGCCUGCUGCUACUGGUGGUGCAGGUGCUGGAGGUGAGAGUGGGUAUGAGAGCCAGGAGGACGGGAUGGGCGAGGGCGAGGGCGACGAUGUGGUGUUGGACCACAUUGAGAGCCGCCAGUCGAGACGCAGGCACGCCGACGUCAUCGAUCUUGACGAUGACUGACAGACAGACAGACAGAGGGGGGCCAACGGGCAAGCUGUUUGGUCGGUUUGGGUGUCCAUUUGAUUGGAUUGCACGGAGGCGAUGCAAGCAGAG